AUUUUGAGACACUAGACAUUCAAUUUCCGUUUCCGCUCUGCCAAAUUAUGAAACGCUAUGGCACUUAAAACUAUUUUUUUUCUGGCGAAAACGAAUUUAAUCGGUAGCUAUUAAUUUUAUUUUUUAAAUAUUGAUAUUGUAGUGUAAUGUUGGAAUGGUAAAGUGGCCGAAACAGAACACUGAGUUAUAACCAGUGGAGUGCGUAGAUAAUAUUUGUUUACGUUCUGGUUAGUUGGUGAUGUUCAAGCAGUGAAUAUAUGCAGAUUCUUUCCGUUUUAAAUGGUUCGACAGCUCAUGUUUGUGUAGUAGUUUAGCUUGUUGUUCGAGUUUUAUACGUCAUGUUAGUUUGUAGGUUUUAGCGCUAGCUCAUAAGUAUUUGUUGUUUAGCUUUGAGCUAACAUGGGUCGACAGUGUGUUGUUACCGGCUGCAGAAAUCGUACAACACUGCACUAUUUCCCGGUCGACGCCGACAUGAGGCGUAAGUGGCUCAUUGCACUGGGUUUACCCGACGAUAUCAGUAGCAAAGCUGGAGUUUGCAAUUUGCAUUUUAACCCGGAUAGCUUCUCUAAUCGUCUGGAGGUGGACAUGGGAUUCAUCAAACUGCUCAAGCUUAGGAGCGACGCGGUGCCAAUACCUGCUCCCCCUGUACGGCCGAGAGUAGCUCGACCAAGACCGCAAGAGCUGCUGCCACAACCACGCCUCAUAGCGCCCAAGCCAACGAGAGAAAUUGGAUGCCAGACGGAGCGAGUCCUCACCAAACAUGCUUUUUAUCAGGUUGACAUCAAGCCUCACAGGAGAAGCAAAGCUACGGAGACCCGACCUUCUAACAGGGAUGUGUCGUGUGACACGGGUAAUUCUGUGGGUCUCGAGGUUAACUUUGAAGAGGGCCCAGUGGCGAGCUUCACUCCAGAGAGUAGGGCAGAGUGUGAGGUUUUUACGGACGACUCCAGAAACUGCAUGGAUGAAACCAACGCGAGUCCCUUAAAUGAGCCUCCGCCUGACACGAUGCAAAAACACAUUGUGUACGAGGACAAUCUGUUGGAGCUCUUCAGAACAUGUCCAGUUUGCCGCAGGAGCUGUUCAAUUACUAAAACAGUAACCGGCACUUUCCUGCAGCUGAAGCAGACGUGUGCUCACUGCGAGUACACGCACCAGUGGUCCAGCCAGCCAAUGGUGGGCAACACUCCAGCUGGGAACCUACAGCUCGGUGCAGCGGUUCAGAUAUCCAAGGUCCUGGAUGCCUUUAAGAUCCAAGGAAUCUCUGAAACGGCGUUCCAUAAUCACCAAAGAAAGUGUUUGAGCAACUCAAACACUUAAGAAUUUAAGAAGAGAAGAUUGCAAGAAUAAAUGUGUUGUAUUAAUA